AUGAAGACGGCAGGCGUGGUGCUGCUGCUCGCUCUGGCCCUUUGCUGCUUCCCAGAUGCUGAUGCAGAGCAGAGCUACUGCAGUGAAUAUGUGGAACCCUCAGAUGCCUGUACUCUGGAAUACUUCGCUCACUGCGGGUCUGAUGGUGUAACAUAUGGCAAUAAGUGCUUGUUCUGCAACGCGUUCCUGGAGAAGGAAUACAUUGUUCUGAUCUACAAAGAAAUCAACCCCAACUGCAAAGGCAAUGGGUUGAUCCUGAAGGCUUCUGCCUUCAUCCAGCUUUCCAAAAGAAAAUCAGGGCUGGAAACACAUCCUGCUGCAAGGAUCCAGUCCAUUUCUUCUACUAAGGGCAUCUCAGACAGACACUUCACUUGGGUAACGCUUUCCUGGUGUGAUGAUGGCUUCCUUCCUGUUGGUGAGAAAUCUGACAUACCAGAAAACUGCAGGAGAGACCGUGGAGAAAAUCACUGA